UUGCCGGGGGGGGACCUUUUAGCCGUCCCGGAGAGCAGCCAUUACCAGUGCUUGGAAUGCGGGCAGCUGCUGCUGUCCCCGGGGCAGCUGUUGGAGCACCAGGAGCUGCACCUGGAACCCAGCACCAAAACCCAACAGCAGCCGGCGCUUGGAGGCACCAAACCCCACCUGACCGUCCCCAAUCAGAUCCACUACGAGUGCGUGGAGUGCGGGGCUCUUUUCGGCACCCAGGACGCCUGGUUGGUGCAUCGGCAGAACCACCGCGACGGCCACGGCGCCGCCGGCACCACCGGAACCGGCGGCAUCCCCACCGCCAGGGUGGACGUGGAGCAUUCGUACCGCAAACCGGAGGAGGAGGAGGAGGAGGAGCUGCCGACCGGGGUGCAGCUGCUGCUCUACGAAUGCGCCCAGUGCCUGCAGCUCUUCCACAGCCCCAAGGACGUGCUGGAGCACCAGGCCGGCUGCCACCUCCCGGCUCUGCCGCCGUCGGAUCACAGCUACGAGGUGAAAGCCGACGGAGCCGACGGCGAUGAGCGCAACCGGCACCGGCUGCCGGCCGAGCAGCGCUGCUCCGAAUGCCAGCAGCUCUUCCCGUCGCCGCGUCGCCUGCAGAGGCAUCUGCGCUGCCAUCGUUUGGGUGCCUUCCAUUGCCCUCUGUGCAGCAAAGUGCUGCCGACUCCGCCGGCUUUGGAGCAGCACCUGGCCGGGCACAGCGCCGAGUCCCAUUUCUUGUGCCUGGAUUGCGGUUUGGCUUUCGAUACCGAGGCGGUGCUGCUGGCGCAUCGACGCACGCACGGGGCCGAGGCGCUGCACCGCUGCGGUUGCGGGAAGGCUUUUGUGAACAUGACCAAAUUUCUGUACCAUCGGCGCACGCACGGGGCGCUGGGCGGAGGAACCGGGCACAGCAGCAAAGCCGGGCCCGAGGAUUUGGUGCUGAGCGACGGCGCUGGAGGAGGGGAUGGGAGCGUGGGGGACGCCGUGAUGGCUGUGAUGGAGGAGGGGGAGGUGCCGGGUGAG